GCCGCCGCAGGGCCUGCUUAUCGCCGGUUCAACGCAGCCCGGAGUCGCCCAGGCCUGAACUCCUACCCAGGUCCCUGCCCCGGCCCCGGGCCCGCGUGGAAGCCGGAGGCCACCCCCGGGGGUGGGGAGCGGAGCCGCGGGUCAGCUCUGCGAGCAUCGCUUGCUGGCCUGGCCGGCCCCGCCCCCGCCCCGGGCCAUGGCCCAGCCCUUGUCCCGGCCCCUCAUCCUAUCCCAAUCUCAGCCUUGGCCUCCGGCCACGCCCUCGCCCCGCAUCCCAAACCGGCCCCGACCCCGGCCAGUGCCCCAGCGAAUGCCCAGGCCCAGGUCCCCGCUCCAACCCCAGUCCCUGCCCCUGGCCUGGCCGUUAUCUUCGCCUCGGCCCUCGUUCCACCCCUUGUCGCAAUUCCCUGUCCCGCAGCUGGCCCUGUCCCAUCCCCAGCGUUUGCUUAAACCCCUGGCCCAGCCCUUGCUCUUGUCUCCACCGCACACGCUCUUCCCAUCACACCUCCUGCCCGUGUUUGAACCCCAGUGCUCAGUCCAGCGCAACCCAGUAUUACAGGCUUUGCCCCCAUCUCUGUGUUUGCCGAAGUCUCUCCCACUGGCUCCCCGCCUCUCUCAUACUCUGCCCCUCUCCCAGCCUCGACUCAGGUCUGGGUUCCAGCUGCCGCCAGCCCUAUUGCUGCUGUUGCUGUUUUCUGCCCUUGGUCCAGGAGCUGGAGGCCUUUUCCUGACCGACUACUCCACCUGCUCGCCACGCAAGCUCAGCCCCUUUCGAUCCUUUGCCAGCACCGAACUCUUCCACUUCCAUGUUCCUGAGGACACAUUCCUGGCUGUUUGGAAUCUCAUCAUCUUCAAGGAGCAGGGAGGAACCUUUGGUGAUCACUGCCCAGAUCAAAGUGUGACUGUGUAUUUCCGAUCUGGAGCACCUCCUGUCAUCAAUCCUCUGCACACACACUUUCCAGCAGAUACAGCUGUGCCUGGGGUCUUCUCCCUGACGCUCAGCUGGACACUGCCCAACAGAACCUCAGGCAUCUUUAACGUCAGCAGCCCCUUACCUGGGGACUGGUUCUUGGCUGCCCACCUUCCCCAAGCCCAUGGCCACAUCUCUGUCAAGGGUCUCCAGGAUGAAUGUCAGUACCUCCUUCAGCCACAGCUGAUUGUCCGACGUCUGCUGGAUGUGGCUGUACUGGUUCCUGGCCGUCCCUCAGAGCAAACCCUCUCCCCCCACAAUCGCUCAGCUUUGUACAAGGUCUUUGUGCCAAGCUUCACUUACAGGGUUUCCGCACAGCUGGUGUGUGUAGGGGGCCGAGGAGCCUCUGUCUGCCCUCUGACCCUGCGCCUACGUCCCAAGGCCCCACCCCUACACAACUCAAGCUCUGUAGCCUGUGGAGGUGCCUCAGGAUGCCAGCUGGAGUUGGCCCUGCCCCCGUGGGGGCACUGGGUCUAUGUGCGUGUGGAGACACCAUCCCGUGGCCCUGGCAGGACCAUCCGUUUCCAGCUGUGUGUACGGUUACAAGAGUGUCCACAACCCAGCCUGUCCCGUGCCUUGGUCCCUGGGGCUGCCAUGAACAUGCCCCAGUCACUGGGCAACCAGCCACUGCCCCCGGAGUCACCACCCCCUGGGUCUCCUGUAGAAGGGUCUGGAGCCGCAUUGCCACCUGAGCACUGCUGGCCAGUGCGCCCGACUCUACGCAAUGAGCUGGACACCUUCUCUGUCCACUUCUACAUCUUUUUCGGUCCCAGUGUGGCCCUCCCCCCUGAGCGCCCGGCUGUGUUCGCCCUGAGGCUGUUGCCAGUGCUGGACAGUGGAGGUGUCCUUAGUCUGGAGCUGCAGCUCAACGUGAGCUCUCUUCGCCAAGAAAAUGUAACAGUAUUCGGAUGCCUGACUCACGAGGUGCCCUUGAGCCUGGGGGAUGAUGCCGUGACCUGUUCCAAAGAGUCCCUGGCAGGGUUCCUUCUCUCAGUCAGCGUCACCUCCAGGGUGGCCAGGCUGCGAAUCCCUUUCCCACAGACGGGGACCUGGUUCCUGACCCUCCGCUCUCUGUGCGGGGUGGGACCUCGCUUUGUGCGGUGCCGCAAUGCAACGGCUGAAGUGCGGCUGCGCACCUUCCUCUCCCCAUGUGUGGAUGACUGUGGGCCCUAUGGCCAGUGCAAGCUGCUUCGCACCCACAACUACCUGUACGCGGCCUGCGAGUGCAAGGCUGGGUGGCGGGGCUGGGGUUGCACAGACAGUGCGGAUGCGCUGACCUAUGGAUUCCAGCUGCUGUCGACACUUCUCCUCUGCCUGAGCAACCUCAUGUUUUUGCCACCUGUGGUCUUGGCCAUUCGGAGCCGAUACGUGCUGGAAGCUGCCGUCUACACCUUUACCAUGUUCUUCUCCACGCAGGGAGAAGAUGUGAAGGACCAGCGUCUGAGCUGCAGAAAGGCACACCUCACUGCCAUAUUGUUCUCAAGAUUCUAUCAUGCCUGUGACCAGCCGGGCAUUGUGGUUUUCUGCAUCAUGGACUACGACGUGCUUCAGUUCUGUGAUUUCCUGGGCUCCUUAAUGUCGGUAUGGGUCACCGUCAUUGCCAUGGCUCGUCUGCAGCCUGUGAUCAAGCAGGCGCUGUAUUUGCUGGGGGCCAUGCUGCUGGCCAUGGCCCUGCAGCUUGACCGGCAUGGACUUUGGAACCUGCUUGGACCCAGCCUCUUUGCCCUCGGGAUCUUGGCCACAGCUUGGACAGUUCGCAGCGUCCGGCGCCGACACUGUUACCCACCAACAUGGCGCCGCUGGCUCUUCUACCUGUGCCCGGGCAGCCUUAUUGCUGGCAGUGCUGUCCUACUGUACGCUUUCGUGGAGACCCGGGACAACUACUUCUACAUUCAUAGCAUUUGGCAUAUGCUUAUUGCUGGCAGUGUGGGCUUCUUGCUGCCUCCUCGCGCCAAGACUGACCGUCAGGUCCCAUCUGGAGCCCGGGCCCGGGGCUGCGGUUACCAGCUGUGUAUCAACGAACAGGAGGAGUUGGGCCUCGUGGGCCCAGGAGGGCCCACUGUCAGCAGCAUCUGUGCUAGCUGAGAGGGGCUCUGGGCCAGGCUCGUAGGGAUGUGAACCCUAGCUAGGGUUCCUCCUGGAGCUGUGGAGCCCUCCUAGGACCAAGGGACAAGUUGUGCUUCUUAAAGACAUGCAGUCUUUCUCAAGGAUGACUGUUUUCAGGGACGGGAGGCUUUCUCAAGACAUGGAGGAUUUCUUGAGAGCCUAGAAUCCUCCUGUGUUUAUGGAGUCCUUCUUAAGGAUGAGCUAUGCAGGCCACUGAGCCCCAUGAGGACCAAGGAGUCCCUAGGGGUGUAGAGCCCUUCCCAGGGAUAGGGGGCCUCCUACAGACAUGAGAUACUUCCCAAGGAGACACAUUUUCACCAGGAAUGUGUUAUCGGUGCAGAGGGAGAAAGGAGUCCAUCUUGUAGACACAGCCAGCAGAUUUUCGCAGUGGCUCAGCAACACUGGUCUUGAGCUGCUGUGCUGGGCAGAAAGGCAAGAGAGGUCGAUGCUGGUGUCCUGAUUUGGUAUAGGUGGAGUCUGGUAUGUCUCCAAUGAAGUAUGUACUGAUCUGUGCUGCCUUUUUGCCCCUUGUGGGGUCAGGGUAUGGGAAUGGAGGGAAAGAGGGGCGGUGGGGAAAUUGUGGGAGUGAUGGGGCCUCCCUGAAGAAGCUGCUGGAAGCUGCUGUCUGGCUUCUGCCCUGUGGUUCGCACACCUGCAUUCCUCUCAAUCUGGUCCCCAUGUUUAAUUCCAAAUGUCUGUAGUGGUGAAGAGGGUUGUGUGCGUGUGUGCGCGCGUGCGUGCGUGUGCUUGCUAUGUAUAUAUAGAGACAGACCUGCCCCGUGAGGCCUACACCCACACAGAAGGAAGCUAAAGUGCUAGGAAAUUGGAGUAACAGGCACAAAUCUCAGCUGUACAAGAAUGGAUUACUAUUUUAAGCUUCCAUUUUUCUCACAUGCCAGAAAUAAUCUUGUAUGAAUUGAUAUUUCCUUUCUUGUAGUAUGUGUGAUUGUGAGAGAGAGAGAGAGACAGGCAGAGAGGAGAGAGGAGUCUUUCGUUGUGUAUAUAGUUUGUUUUCUUCUGGCCUGGAUCCCCUGAUUCUCUGGGGCCUGGAAUUACAGGCAUGGGCACCAUCCUUGGCAGCUGGGCUUCUUUUCCCGUAGGUUUCCCAUGAGUUUUGAGGAUCUUGUCUUACGCUGAGAUACUAGAACACUCUUUCUGGCCCCCAGUGUCCGUCUGAGUGCUCAGACAUCCCAGCUGGUUCCCAAUCAGUGGUCAGACAGGCAGCUAAACACUGAGAGGCGUCUUGUUCUGUCUGCCUAGCCCCGAGUUUCUGUCCCCAAGUUUUGUGCCACAUGAGAUGUUCUCACUUGGCUACCAAGAUACAGCAUGAAGCCAGGCUUCUGGGGUCCCAUGCUGGGCUUUACUUGAUAGGGCAAAAGAUGAUUUGUUUUCUCAUUUAAACUCUGUAGACGCAGCCAGGGGCCCAGGUCUGGUCUCUUUAGGGAACCUUGGAUAGUGCUCACACUUCCUUUAGGGAACCUGGGACAGUGCUCACACUUCUUCCUUCCUCCUCACCCCUCUCGCCUGUCAAUCUGGAGAAGAAGAUAGCCUCACAUUUCUACCAAAUCUUUUCUCUGUGCCUUAAGUCCUUUCUAUUCUCUUCACAGCCCAGGUCUUUGAAGCUCAAAGCCUAGAAAAUACCACUUUAUUCUUUACUCUCUGCAAUCAUAUCUCUUCCCUGGGGCACUGAGUACAGAAUAAAGUAGCUGACUGAGUGGCCAGGAGUGAAGGUGUAUGGGCUGGGUGUCCGUUCCUGUAUCAGAAGUGCUUUUCUUGGGCCAGGUAUGGUGGUGCAUGCCUUUAAUCCCAGCAUUCUGGGGGCAAGAGCUGGUGAGUUAACAUGAGUUAAAGCCAGCCAAGGUUACAUAGACCCUCUCUUAAAUAAAAUAAAAUUAAGUAAAAUAAAAUGACUGGAGAAAUGGCUCAGCGGCUAAGAGCAUGCAUUGCUCUUCCAGAGGACCUGAGUUCAAUUUCCUGCAUAGUUACAGGCUAUGAUGCCUGGAACUACUGUUCCAGAGGAGGCAACAGCUCUAGACUCCAUGGGCACCUCUCCACACACGCGGCACACGCGUAUACAGACACAAACACGCAUACACAUGGUUAAAAAAAAUAGAGAUGCUAUCCUUACCUUAUCUAUGACCAUACCACCCCAGCACAUCUGUGCUUGCUGGUCUGGAAGCUAAGCAGGGCUGAGGCUACUCAGUGCCUGGAUGGGAGAUAAGCCAGUCUCACCCUGAGACAGAUGGAACCGCUCGUGAGGGCAGUUGACCCAAUAGCCAGGGCUCAGGACUGACUUGACAAGAGGAUAGAAGGCAAUGAAGAGGGAAGGGAAUGGGGACACACCCUACUCUGUUGGGCUGGAACGAACUUCUGGUGAAGGGCAUCUUUAGAGAAUUAAAUGAGUUGCCAUAAUGCCAACAUGUUGGGAAAGAUUCUUUAUGGUAAUGAGUACCCAUCUUUUCUUCCUUUCCAAGACAAUCAUUCCCACUGGUUCCCAGUCACUGACAUACUUAGGUCAUGUAGUGCCCAGCCUAUUGCACACACAGCAGACAAAGGUCAUGGCAGGUUUGGAAAGGGUUUCCAUUUUGGGGAGAGAGGGAGGGAGGAAAGACUGAUAUUUAGGGACCUGUAAAGAGUGAGGUAGGGCUGGAGAAAUUGGGUGGUAGGAGGAGAUGGGGGAGGGAAAAGGGAGAGAAAAGACA